AUGGAAGGCAUGGAUUUUGAGGAUAAGAAGUCCAAGAGGUACUGCAUGAAGACAAAGCAUGUGGCUAUCAUCUGUGGCGUUGUGGUGGUUGUAGGUCUUGCUGUGGGGCUUGGUGUGGGAUUGUCCAGACCAAAAUCUCAAGAACCUUCAGAGCAAACAGAUCAACCCACAGUGGAUUUGGGUCCCUGUCCUCCUAAAAAUGAUGAAACUGGAGAGUGGAGACAUUUUAGGCUACCCACUUAUGUCAAGCCUGUCCACUAUGAUCUGGAGAUGAAGCCUGAAAUGGAGAAAGACAUUUACACAGGGACAGUCAGCAUUCAUAUUGCUUUGGAACACUCUGUCAACGCCCUGUGGCUCCACCUGCGAGAGACCAAGAUUACAGAGAUGCCCACGCUCCAGAAAUCCUCAGGACAGCAGAUUGCUCUCAACGACUGCUUUGAGUACAAGGCACAAGAGUACAUAGUGAUGAAGGCAGAAACAGAGCUCUCUGUCACUGAUGAAAGUGAUCCCUAUAUACUCACCCUGAAGUUUCAAGGCUGGCUGAAUGGUUCCCUGGUUGGGUUUUAUAGGACCACCUACAAUGACAACGGAGAGAUCAAGAGCAUUGCAGCUACUGAUCAUGAGCCAACAGAUGCACGGAAAUCGUUUCCUUGCUUUGAUGAGCCAAACAAAAAGGCAACUUACAACAUAUCUAUCAUCCAUCAAGAUGCCUACAAAGCACUUUCUAACAUGCCAGUACAGCAAACUGAACAGCUGGAUGGUGGUUGGAUUCGGACAAUUUUUAAGAAGUCAGUCCCCAUGAGCACUUACUUGGUAUGCUUUGCAGUGCACCAGUUUACUUAUGUAGAGAAAACAUCUGCUAGUGGAAAACCGCUGAGAGUUUAUGCCCAGCCACUGCAAAUACACACGGCAGAAUACGCAGCAAAUGUAACAAAACUUGCAUUCGACUUCUUUGAAGAGUACUUUAAUAUGAGCUAUUCCCUUCCUAAGUUAGAUAAAAUAGCUAUCCCAGAUUUUGGGACAGGGGCUAUGGAGAACUGGGGGCUGAUCACAUACAGAGAAACAAACUUGCUGUAUGAUCCCAAUGAGUCAGCCACUUCCAACAAACAGAGAGUAGCUGCUGUGAUAGCUCAUGAGCUCGUUCAUCAGUGGUUUGGAAAUAUCGUGACCAUGGACUGGUGGGAUGACUUGUGGUUAAAUGAAGGAUUUGCCAGUUAUUUUGAGUACCUGGGAGCAAAUGCUUCAGAACCAGAUUGGCAAAUGCUUGAACAGGUUUUAACUGAUGAUGUGCUUCCUGUAAUGAAGGAUGACUCUUUGUUAUCUUCCCACCCAAUUGUAUCUGAAGUGUCAUCUCCAGCUGAAAUAACCUCUGUGUUUGAUGGGAUAUCCUACAGCAAGGGUGCAUCAAUCCUCAGAAUGAUUCGAGACUGGAUUACACCAGAACUCUUCCAGAAAGGCUGCCAGGCAUAUUUGAAGAAAUACCAUUUCCAGAAUGCCAAGACAGAACAGUUUUGGGAAGCUCUGGAAGAGGCAAGUAAUAAACCUGUGAAGGAAGUCAUGGACACAUGGACUAGGCAGAUGGGCUACCCUGUUUUGGAGAUGGGAAGUAAUUCGAUGUUCACACAGAAACGUUUUCUUUUGGAUCCCAAUGCAAAUGCUUCUCAUCCUCCUUCUGAUCUUGGUUACAAAUGGAACAUACCAGUGAAAUGGAGACUUGGGAGUACAACAAAUUAUCUUUUCUACAACAUAUCAAAUUCUGCAGGAAUUGAAAUACCUUCUUCUAGUGACAGUUUUGUGAAUGUUAAUCCAGACCACAUUGGAUUCUUCCGGGUGAAUUAUGAUAGUCAAAACUGGGACAGGUUAAGCAAUCUUCUGGUCAACAACCACGAAAGUCUUUCAGCUGCUGACCGUGCAGGGAUUUUAGAUGAUGCCUUUUCUUUAGCAAGACCUGGCCUUGUGAAUUACUCUGUUCCCCUGCAACUCACAAGAUACCUAACAAAAGAAACAGACUAUUUACCUUGGCACAGAGUUAUAUCAUCUGUAACUUACCUUGCAAACAUGCUGGAAGAUGAUCAAAAUCUCUAUCCCCAGUUUCAGAAAUAUUUUCGCCAGCAAGUAAAGCCUAUUGUGGAUCAGCUGCACUGGAAUGAUAAUGGAGACCAUUUGGAGAGGCUUCUUCGUGCAUCUGUUCUAGACUUUGCCUGCAGUAUGGAUGACCCAGAAUCUCUGAACAAUGCUUCUCUCCUUUUUGAGGACUGGCUGCAAGGAAAGAAUGUUUCUGUAAAUCUCCGACUCCUAGUGUAUCGCUAUGGGAUGCAGAACUCAGGCAAUGAGUCAUCAUGGAAUUACAUGUUCAAGAAAUACCAAGAGACAUCAUUAGCACAAGAAAAAGAAAAGCUGCUUUAUGGCCUGGCAUCAGUGAAGAACAUCACCCUUUUGGACAGGUAUCUGAAAUCUGUUACUAACACCAGCCUCAUCAAAAGCCAAGAUGUGUUCACAGUCCUGAGAUACAUCUCAUACAACACCUAUGGGAAAACAAUGGUCUGGGACUGGAUACGGCUUAACUGGCAGGACUUGGUUGACAGAUUCACUAUCAAUGACAGAAAUCUCGGUCGAUUAGUAACUAUUACUCAAAACUUCAACACAGAGCUCCAGCUUUGGCAGAUGGAAAAUUUCUUUGAGAAAUAUCCGAAUGCUGGGGCAGGAGAACUGCCCAGGAGUCAGUCAAUUGAGCAAGUGAAAACUAACAUUGAAUGGCUAAAAUUAAACAAGGAGGAAAUACAAAGAUGGCUAGAAGCAGAGCUGGGCCCUUAG